AUGGGGACUAGCAUAGGCACUUACAAGAGGUUCAAGCCUCACAUCCUUAUGGUUUUGGCUCAAAUUGCUUACACUUUUUUAAAGACGAGGCCAAAGUUAACUAUAGCUUUGCUGUUGGAGAUAUUUGUACUCUCUCUAGUGGGAGUGAGUUUGACACUGAACAUGUACUUUGUGAGCUUGAACUACACUUCUCCGACUCUUCUUGCCUCGAUGGUCAACACUAUAGCUGCCUUAACAUUUGUACUAGCAGUUAUUCUCAGGUUGGAAGAUGCUAACAUUCGAAAUCCUAGAGGAAUAGCAAAAGUCGUAGGAACCUUGGUUUCCUUGGCUGGGGUUAUGAGCAUGACAUUAUACAAAGGACCUGUUGUGAAAAGCUUAGGACAUCCUCUCAUCUACAUCCACAGAGGGAAUGGUGUUGUCCACGAGAACUGGUCAAAAGGCUUGAUCCUCACUGCUGCUAGCUGCAUUACGUGGUCAAUAUGGUACAUCAUGCAGGCUUACACUUUGAAAAGAUAUCCAGCACAACUAUCACUGACUACAUGGAUGAGUUUUGUUGGUGCAGCACAAUCAGCUUUCUACACAGUAAUUGUACAACACAAACGAGCAGCUUGGACCAUGGGUUUCAACAUUGAUUUCUGGUCUACUUUGUAUGGGGUAAGAAGGGUCCAAGUCCAAUAG